CGAUCGUCCUAGGUAGUUGUUUGCUGGAGCCCGUCCCCCCUGAUCACAAGUCCAGCCAUGAAGUUCCUAGGCAGCUCUGCCGUGCCCAUCCUGAUUGCAGCAGCUGCUUGGGCGUUCUUCCAGCUACCCGAGAAUGCAGAUACCGGUGGCUGGUUUCAGGCAUGGUACGCUGACAGACAGCGCUGUGGACUGCUCAAUGCGGAGGAGUUCACGCUGUAUAGCCAGCGGGUUGUGACGCCCGAUGGUGUCGUUCCUGCAGCGGUGCAUGUGCGGAGAGGUGUGAUCCAAUGGGUUGCGCCGAGUUCGAGAAAGCCCCCCGGUGGCCGGCAUCCUGUGCUCGACUAUGGCACCUCCGUCAUCAUGCCAGGACUCGUCGAUGUGCACAUGCACAUGAGCGAGCCGGGGCGGACGCACUGGGAGGGCCUGGCAACAGGGACGAGGGCCGCCGCCGCUGGGGGUUUCACUACAGUGGUGGACAUGCCCCUCAACAGCAUCCCUACCACCACGACCCCAGAGUUCCUGCAGGCGAAACUGAAAGCAUCGAAGGGCAAGCUUGCCAUUGACGUGGGCUUCUGGGGGGGGCUUACUCCAGAGAACGGCGGCAACACAACGGCGCUCCAAGAGCUGCUCGAUGCAGGGGUGCUCGGCCUCAAGUCGUUCAUGUGUCCGUCGGGCAGCGACUUCCCGCAGACCAGCAUCGACCACAUCAAGGCCGCGUUGCCGCUGCUGGGCCGGUACGGGCUGCCCCUGCUGGUGCACUCGGAGCUGCCGCAGCCGCUGUCCGAAGAGCUGUCCGGCGCACCGCAGGUGUACGAAACGUACCUCAAAUCGCGGCCGCCCGAGUGGGAGCGUGCGGCCAUCAGUGCGCUCAUUGACGCUGCUCGGUCGAGCCCCGAGUCGGCACGUGCCCACAUCCACGUGGUCCACCUGUCAGACGCGGACAGCUUGCCGCUCAUCACCGCUGCCCGUGCGUCCGGCACGAAGCUGACCGUCGAAACCUGCACCCACUACAUCAGCUUCGCUGCCGAGGAGAUUGGUAACAACCGGACCGAGUAUAAGUGUGCGCCGCCCAUCAGAGGGCGGGCGAACCGCGAUAAGCUAUGGGAGGGGCUGCUGAGCGGGCAAAUCGACCUGCUGUCAUCGGACCACUCGCCGUCGCCCCCCGAGAUGAAGCUGCUCGAGGAGGGCGACUUUCUGAGGGCCUGGGGGGGCGUCGCAUCGACGCAGUUCGGGCUGCCUGCCACGUGGACGCGUGCGAAGGAGCGGGGCGCGACCCUUGAGGACAUUGCGCGGUGGUGGAGCACGAAGCCCGCGGAGCUGGCCCAGCUGAAGAACAAAGGCUCCAUCGAGGCGGGCAAGGACGCCGACUUCGUGAUCUGGGACCCGGAAGCAGUGCACACCAUAUCCAAGGACACCAUCCAGUUCAAGAACAAGUUGACACCCUACGAGGGCAUGCAAGUGACCGGCAAAGUCGAGCACACGUUUGUCCGGGGUCAGCUGGUACACUCCCAGGGCCGCUUUGCGUCUCCCGUGUGCGGCGAACCUAUUGUUGCUUUCACGCCGCGGAUGGCAUUCACGGGAGCUGUCCCCACGUAAGCUUCGACCGUCAAGGUAGCUGGUCAGCACGCUAAUUGAUGUUGGUUAACGACCGUAACAGGCCGGUACAUAGAUGUAGAUAACUUACUUUGUAGUCCGCUUUGCACGUCAAGCUUUUAGGCAGAAGGCUAGAUAAACCACUUGGGAAAGAGUCACGUACAGUUGCGUGACAAUUAAGAGGCUUAUGCAAAACUGUGCUAAUUCAAUCCAUGUAUCACGGUC